AUGUCCGAACGAGGCUCGUUCCGGGGAGGUGGUCGCAACCGCGGCGGAGGUUAUGAUCGCUCUGGCGGCCGUGGCGGAGGGCGAGGUGGCGGUGCCAGUGGCGGUGCGCAACAGCAGGAAAGGCCCAAGAAGGAGAACAUCUUGGAUCUGUCCAAGUACAUGGACAAAGAGGUCCGCGUAAAGUUCAACGGUGGACGAGAAGUUGCUGGCAUACUGAAGGGUUUCGACCAAUUGAUGAACCUGGUUCUGGACGACGUCAAGGAGUCCAUGCGAGAUGACGAAGGCAACGAGAACACGCGGUCUCUCGGCCUCAUUGUCGCCCGUGGCACCUUGAUUGUGCUGAUCUCCCCCGCUGAUGGCAGCGAGCAGAUUGCCAAUCCGUUCGUGCAGGCAGAGGAGUAA